CGUGACACGUGUGACGAAGUGCUUGUUGCCUGUGACUGUCUCAUCAUCAUAACAAUCGGCCAGUCAUAUAUCGAAUACAGGCAGACUACAAUGCGCCUUUGCUGCUAUGUAAUACAGAGGCAAAGUGACAUAAUCCUGUUUACGUAGUCACCGCAGUAGAAGGCUGCUAGUGCUAGUCAGAGUGAGAUAGUUUAAUUUGUAUUCUGUUACUGUUAGUGACAGUGUUACUCACUGUUACAUUCACUCAGUGAUUCACUGAUUCAGUCACACGACGACCUUGGAAUUAGUCAAUUACUCCCCGGAACUAAGACAAGAGUUUGGAAAAAAGGCAGAUGGAGGAAGCGUGUUCUGGUCAGCCAUCGAGCUUAUGCAGUGGCUCAAACAAAGACAUAUCAACUUUGGGAUGGUUUCACGGGGAUGUUCCAAGGAAUGUUGCUGAAAGCUUGUUGCUACGCAAUGGCGUGGAUGGCUCUUACCUCAUAAGAAACAGUAGUUCACCGGGAGAGUACGCCUUGUCUGUACGGUGCAAAGAUGCGGUGAAGCACUUCAAGAUUCAGUGGGAUGGCAGGGAGUACAGGUUUGGCAUGGGCGUCUUCGACAACAUACAGGACUUUGUCCAACACUUCACGAGUCAGCCUCUUAUAGGGGGCGAGUCAGGUGUACUGACAGUGUUGAAGUUUCCAUAUCUUAAAAAUGCAAAGGAGCCAGCAGAAGUGUUUGAACUCAUCAAGAUGCACAGAGAGCUGCCCAUCUCAGAACUGAAGCCGAGUAGCUCAAUUGAUUAUAAGGAUGGGUACUUGACAAAACUUGGUGGGAGUGUGAAGAGCUGGAAGACGAGGUGGUUUGUGCUGACGCGCAACGAGCUGAGCUACUUCAAGGACAAGAACGACAAGGAGGCGAUUCGCACAAUGCUGCUCGAGGAGGCACGUGGCUGUGAGACCGACAACACCAAGGACAAGGAGCACUGCUUCAAGUUGGUGUUUCCAUGGAGGACUUUCUUCAUGUAUGCAUCAACGGGUGCAGAGGCUCAAGGGUGGAUCCAGGCCUUGCGCUGGCAACUGAGGCAUCCGCACGUGAUGACACUGUGAUGAGCGUGUGUGGCAAGGUGUUGUCAUGGCAACAGACGAUAACCACGCGUGCCAAUGCCGCCGAUGCCAUGCACGGCAGAAUGAGAGAUUCAUGACUCGUCGAAAGGCGCAGAGCAGAUAAGUUCAAACUAGAAGAUGUGCACUAUCUUUUUGAGGAUGCAUUAUGUUGAUUAAGGCACCUAGCUGCUGGCAUUGUAUUUAAUAGCAGCUGGUUUACAAA